CUCUCUCUCUCUCCUCUUUGUUUUCUCCCCUCUGUGUUUUCUGUGAGUCGCGAGUCUUGCGACUCAUUUUAAUGGCGUGAGCGUGAACAGUAAUAGACCUUUACAUCCAUGCUCAGAACAGCGGUCGCAAUCAAAAUCCAUCUCUAUCUCAGUCUUCAUCUUCUUCCCAAACAACCCGAAUUAAAUCAGGCCGAAAUGAGAUUGAAAUGCGACUAAAAUUUCUUCACUAACCCAUCCAACUUUGGAGGGUGGUUGUCGUCAGACGCGCCUGUUCUUGUUUUCUUGAUAUAUAUGCAGUUUCGCCCAUCUGAAUCGAUUUUCGAUGUGGGUUUUGUGAUUUUGGCAUUGGCUUUUGUGCGUUCUGUUUGUGUUCUUAUAUUUGUAUGGUUUUGCGAUGUUUAAGCAAACCCAGAAAGAAAAAGUUAUAGGAAACAUGAAGAGAGAUGGAGAAGUGGACCCAUACUUCAGUGAGAUCCGCCAUGGAACAUCUCUCAAUAUUCAUCAUCAUCUCCUUAUGGGUGUUCCACCUAUUGGUAGAGUUCCUCUGCAAUCUGAAAGCUCUCCUUCAAGUCUUUACUCAGGUUAUUUUUGUUCUUCUGAAAGUUCUUCACCUGAGGAGAUUAAGUAUCAAACACCGGGCACACAUUGCUUGAAUGGAUUAUGGUCGGACUCCAAGGCACCGAAUUCUCGUGUUAGGACGAAUGAAAAUGAGUAUAAGAUGGAUGAACUUAAUUUGUCUGAAAAUUUUUACAGAAUGAAUGUAGGAGAUGGAAAGGAUUGUUUAAGAUCGAGGGAAUUAAGAACUGACGUAGAUGGGUUCAGGUUUAGGGAUUCUUCCCCGGGUGGGGCUCUGCCCUGCAAUGUUGAAAACUGUGGUGCAUUGGAAGGUCUUAACCAAAAUGCUUUAGAUUAUGGAGCGUUUCAAUCUUCUCUCUAUAGACCUUCUGUGCCUUUGUAUGAUGAUAGGAGGUCAGCAUUGCCCGGGACAAAGCAAGGCUAUGAAGAAAGGAAUCCAAUAGUGUCUAAGCUUCGUGAAAAUCAAUCCGUUCCUAUGUAUUCUUACCCUGGUUGCUAUGAAAACCAGAUAAACUAUCCUAUGGAAAGAACUAAAGAGAAAGGAAAUGACUAUUACCAUAGGUCAAUUCAAUUACAGAACACAGCUAUGAGUAGACCUUGUCUUAAUAAUGGGUUCUACUGCUCACAGCAGCUCGGAAUGGAUUCUAGUAUGGCUAGGGGUGUAUACAAUUCCCAUCAUUUGAUGCGAUCCAAGUUGGCAUUGAGUGGCAAAAGCCCACUAUAUCAUUGUUCAUUGUUGGACGAAAGGACUGGAGCAAUCUCAAAUGGUGGAGUCCCUCUAUCUCAUUCGAUGAUGAAAGGUGGAAGGGAUAUUGAGGCUUUUGAUUGUGAGGAUAGCAUCAUCUUUCAGGGACGAAAUCUAAAUUAUGUUGUUAACAAGAAAUCUGAUUGUUCUAGAGGCCAGAAGAAGAAUUCGUGGAAUGAAGUUGCAUUGCAAAACUCUAGAGAGAAAAGCUCCAAAAUUGAUUCUCAGUCCAUUCCUCUGGGAGUUUGCGAAAGUGGUCAGAUUCCAAGAAGGUGUUUCCCAUUGCUUCUGCGACCAGAUUAUAGUUCCUUAGCUGAGGUCCAAGGUUGUAUGUACUUCAUAGCAAAGGAUCAGCAUGGUUGUCGGUUCUUGCAAAAGAUUUUUGAGGAGGGAAACAGUCAAGACAUCCAAGCUAUAUUUGAGGAAAUUAUUGAUCAUAUUGUUGAACUUAUGAUGAACCCCUUUGGAAAUUAUCUUGUGCAGAAAUUAUUGGAAGUUUGCAAUGAAAAACAGAGAUUGCAGAUUGUGAAUAUAGUGACUAAAGAAUCAGGCGAGCUAGUCAGAAUCUCUUUAAACACACAUGGCACACGCUCGGUGCAAAAGUUAAUUGAGACUCUCAAAACUAGGCAUGAGAUAUCAUUAGUUAUAUCAGCACUUGAACCAGGUUUUCUUGAUCUCAUUAAGGACCUGAACGGAAAUCAUGUGGUGCAGCGUUGCUUGCAAUGCCUUAGCAGUGAAGAUAAUGAGUUUAUUUUUGAUGCUGCGGCAAAGUUUUGUGUUGAUGUUGCUACUCAUCGGCAUGGAUGUUGUGUUCUCCAACGAUGCAUAGCUCAUUCAGUUGGGAAACAUCAAGAAAAGUUGGUUGCUGAAAUUUCAGCCAAUGGGCUUCUCCUAGCUCAAGAUGCUUUUGGAAACUAUGUUGUUCAGUAUAUCAUAGAGCUGAAGAUCCCGUCCGCUGCUGCCAACUUAAUUUCUCUAUUUGAAGGGAACUACGUGCAGCUCUCAAUGCAAAAAUUCAGCAGCCAUGUUGUUGAGAAGUGCCUCAGGUGUAUUGAUGAGAGCCGCUCAAGGAUCAUUCAUGAAUUGCUUUCAGUCUCUCACUUUGAACAGUUGCUGCAAGACCCAUAUGCUAACUAUGUCAUUCAAUCUGCACUUGAAGUUACCAAGGGUGCUCUUCGUGCUUCAUUGGUUGAAGUAGUCCGGCCACACACAAUCUUGCGCACCAGCCCAUAUUGCAAGAGGAUUUUCUCACGAAACCUCUUGAAAAAGUAAUGUGCAAUCACCUGCGAUAAGAAGUGUUGUUGUUCACCCAAGAACUCAACCAUGUUUAUUAAUAAUUUUACUCUAGUCUAAAACCAGUGCCACCAGAUGCUCCCUUGGCAAACUUUAGCACUUGUGUUGCCUAAGUGAUUCCCAUGAGUCUACUUUUCAGUGUGCUGAAAGCAAGUUUUAUUACUAGUUGCUAAUCAUUUGGGUAAGCAAGCAUUUGUAUUAUUCUAUUGUCUAGUUUAUUAGACUUUAAACCAUGGGAUUUUACUGGAUAACUGUUUUUGCUUUCAAAAUGUGUUGUAUGGAUUGCCCUUGAUUGUACUCCGUUUUAGUCUAGUAUUGGUAUCGUUCAUGUAUCCUACCAUUGGCUGAAGGACUAUUCAAUAUUUGGUGUACAUGAAUAGAAUUGAAUGGUGGAAAUGAUCAUUUUAUUUUUACAUAUUUCAUAAACUUUUUU